UUGAUUGAUUGAUUGAUUGAUUGAUUGAUUGAUCUCUGAAAUACAACAUAGAACCUGACACUAUUGGAAAUAGGGGCAGUGUACUUGGAAUGGGCUACAGUUUUAUCACAUGUUUUUAGGCGUUGUCGUCCCAUCCAUUUGAAUUGAUCUGUGUUUCUUUUUAAUUCAAGAAACCCUAUACAAUCUGAUUGUGGAGAAAACGGAUAAGUCGCCGCGAGAUGGCACCAUUCACUAAUGAUGCGAAACAAGUUUAAGGAGAUCCGGUCAGCUACCCGCUGAUUGGACAAUAGUCACAAUGCCCCCCGACGGUCACUGCGAUCCUAACACCAGGUAUAAAUAGCCACCAAAACGCUGCUGGGCAUCCAUUCAAGUCAUCGAACAUUGUUACGUUCUGAACUUCGCUUCCGAUUUAUUCUAAACUCAUCAACAACAUCAUGUCUGGCAGAGGAAAGAGUGGAAAGGCCCGCACCAAGGCAAAGACGCGCUCAUCCCGUGCAGGGCUCCAGUUUCCAGUGGGACGUGUUCAUCGGUUUCUCCGAAAGGGCAACUAUGCAAAGAGGGUCGGCGGUGGAGCUCCUGUCUACAUGGCUGCCGUCCUAGAGUACCUCACUGCCGAAAUCUUGGAACUCGCAGGCAACGCUGCCCGCGACAACAAGAAAUCUAGGAUCAUCCCACGCCACCUUCAACUCGCUGUGCGUAAUGAUGAAGAACUCAACAAGCUUUUGGGUGGGGUGACGAUCGCUCAAGGUGGUGUUCUGCCCAACAUCCAAGCCGUGCUGCUCCCCAAGAAAACCGCUAAAUCAAGCUAGAGUUUGCUCCCGGCAAUCUUGAAACCUCAACGGCCCUUAUCAGGGCCACCAA